GGCCCGCGCCUCCCGCGCUCCGCCGGUCCAGCUGUGGCCGCGGCCGCUCGGCCGCCCUCAGAGUCCUGAAGAGUCCCUGGAAAUGGAUCCCUCCUCUGUAAAGCGGAAAUCCAUCCGGAGGGUCAGCUCUGACCCAGCAGUGGCCCAGGCCUCCUGAAGCUUGCUGUUGUGCCUCCCAGGGCCCCUCGGUACCUACACAGGCUCCUGACCAUGGUCACAUUCAUUACUGAGAAGCUGCAGAACCAGAGCCUGGAUGACCUUGCCCACAAGAGCUACGAUGCCAGCCCGCGUUCUGCUGGGGCACUGAACAACAGUGGUCAUUUGUUCCCUUUUGAGAGCGAUGAAGACAGGCGCCCCUGGAAGGUCUUAGGUGGCAGACAGCCUAUCGGGAGUCAGACGGUCACGGGCACACGGGGCCCCGACGCAGGCCUGGGGGCCGUGAGCUCCACAGACCUCAGGGAGAGCGCAGGGCCCCCUUUGGCCCCACCAACCAAGCGCCACUGCCGCUCGCUGUCAGAGCCGGAUGGGCUGGCCUGCUGCCGCUCCCCCUGGCGCCCCGGAGGCUCCAAGGUCUGGACGCCGGUGUCCAAGAGGCGGUGCCACAGUGGCGGGAGCGCCACCCCUCAGGGAAGCCUGGGGCCCGGCUCCACCUCCCCCCCCGCACCCCAGCCACCCUGGGCCAGCAGCGGCCACACAGACGGCUGUGAGGGCGGCCCGUGCCCCUCCUGGCGGCGCCGCCUGUCCCUGUCCCAGGAGCACCUGGUGGGACUGGGCACAGCCCUGCUGUCCACCAGCAGCAGCCGCUCGUCCACACCCGAGCUGGGCCGGCGGCUGGGCUUGCUCCGGUGUCGCUCACAGCCCUGUGUGCUCGUCGGGAGGAGAUGGCGGCGCCGGCGAGAGGAGCGUGCUCGCUGGCCGCGCCCAUCCUUGGACUUUCUGAAAAUGACCCGGGCUUGCUGUGGCACUCCCUGGGGGCUUGCAGCAGAAGGGGCGCUGGAGAAUGUGCGGGUCUGCAACUGUCACCACUCUCCACGAGGCACAGCCAGCGAGACUUUAAAAAAUUCAAAAAGCCUUUGCUCCCUUGAUUAUGAAGAUGAAGAGGAGGAUGACAGCCAGGGGAAGCUGGCCCCGUAUGACCCACAUGGCCUCAUGGGUGUCGUCACGCCCGGCUCCAGCCCAUGGAGCGUGCACCCCAGCCCCCGCUGCACUGGCCCUGGCCCCUGGGCCUCUUGGGAGCCUGUGGCCGCUGAGGGUGAGGGCGGCAGCGGCGGGGACCCCAGUGAUGGGGAUAGCGUGGGGGAGGAGGGUGCCUUUCCUCCUGGCCGUGGCGAGCUGGACCUGGGGCAGAUUGAGAGCAACUGACCCCAGGCGGGCAGGGCGGGGGUCCGGGCUGGCAACGGACAGAAGCUGGGCUACGCAGAACUUUGAACAAUAGGUAUAAUUUUUAUCCAGUCUUUCCUAAAGAAGUAUUUUGGAUUUUUAUGGCCGUUACAGUUCUGGAGAAAGCUGCUCUAUUUUGAAUGAGUUUUUGGAAGGGCGUUCUAUGAAAUGGGAGCUGUCGGCUGAUGGUAGAGUGGGCGUGUGUCCCUUUUCUGAAAUCCCUGCCAUGCAGGGCACGGGGGGCCGUGGGUGCUGCCUGGCCCACCGCGGCCAGUUUCCUGCCAGCUCUUCAGAGCUUGGACAGUGGUCUGAUUUCAAUAAAAGGAGUUUGCUUCCCCACGUU